GUUUAGUUUUUGAAUUGAGAUCCACUAAAGAUGUGGAUUUUUCUACUUUUAGUGGCAUCUGUGAGUGCUAAUCCUCAAUGGAACAUUCCCGGAAUUCCCGGACAUCCAGGAAAGCCCCAUAUUCCCGGCGUACCUGAAUUUCCAAAAGUUCCUCAAAUCCCGGGUGUUCCUGAAUUUCCUAAAGUUCCUCAAAUCCCUGGCGUUCCCGGCCUUCCUCAAAUUCCCGGCUUUCCUGGAUUCAAUUUCCAUCAACCUGCAUUCCCCGAAGAUGUUCGUCGCUCCUCCUCCUCUUCUCGCAUCGUCAAUGGAUGGCCUGCAAAACUCGGGCAGUUCCCCUACCAAGCCCGAAGUCGUGCCAAGAAAGGUGCUCAUUCGUACAGCAUUUGCGGCGGUUCAAUUCUCUCCGAAACUGUCGUUCUCACGGCAUGCCAUUGCACCGUUGGACACGAUUCCUUCGAUAUGGGCUUCGGUUCGAUCGAUAUGAAAGAUCCCGCCAUCGAGAUGACUGUCACCAAAACAAUUCAACAUGAAGAUUUCAACCCAAAAACCUUAAACAACGACAUUGCUCUAUUUAUUCUGCCCGAAAAACUGACUUACACGGAAAACAUUAAGCCCAUCCAGCUACCAAGUUACAGUCAAAAAGACAAGUCAUUUGUGGGUGAAAAGGCAACCGUUUCGGGUCACGGUAAAACUGGAGAUCACGAAAGUGUUUCGACGAAACUGAUGUACGUUUACACAAAAGUCAUCGAAAACGAAGAAUGUCGCAAGCAUUUCGGACGAAGACUUAUUAAGCCUUUUACGUUAUGUGUCGUCGGAUGGGAUAGCGCGAACCAAUCAACAUGCCAAGGGGAUUCAGGAGGUCCAUUAGUUGUCGACGACGAUAACUUGGGCGAAGUUAUUCAGAUCGGAGUUGUUUCUUUCGUCGCCAAGAAGGGAUGUGAAGCCCAAAUUCCAACAGGAUUCGUUAGAGUUUCUCAUUAUUUGGAUUGGAUCAACAAGAAUGGCGAUAUCUCGAUUCGAGAAUAAAAAAAUAAAAAUCACCUGGAAAUGA